AAAGGUUGAAAACUCCCAAAGGAUUGAAGAAUACAUGCCUAUUUCUCUUAUCGGAGUUAUGUACAAGAUAAUUGCGAAGCUGUUAGCGAAUCGCCUUCGAAAAGUUCUGGACAAAGUUAUUGGGGAGCAACAAAUGGCAUUCAUUGAAGGUAGGCAGCUGGUUGAUGGAGUGGUUAUUGCUAAUGAAGUGAUUGAUGAGGCAAAGAGGAAAAAGAAGAGAAGCUUCCUUUUCAAGGUCGAUUUUGAAAAAGCAUACGACAAGGUGAUUUGGGAUUUCCUCGACUAUAUGCUGAUGAGGAUGGGUUUCUGCAGUACAUGGAGAGGGUGGAUACUUGAGUGUCUACAAUCAAGCAUGGUCUCAGUUCUGGUCAAUGGAAGCCCUUCAAGACAAUUUCCAGUUAGCAAGGGACUUCGCCAAGGAGACCCUUUAUCUCCUUUCCUUUUCCUGAUUGUAGUGGAAGGGUUGAAUGGUUUAAUGUCCUCUGCAGUUGAAAAAGAGUUAUACAAGGGUGUGACAGUUGGCAAGGAUGCGGUAAUGGUUACCCACCUUCAAUUUGCAGAUGACACCAUCUUUUUUGGGGAAGCAAUAGAGGAUAACAUCAUGAUGAUUAAAAGUAUAAUGAGGACUUUUGAGCUGCCCUUUGGACUGAAAAUUAAUUUUCAAAAGAGCCAACUUAUGGGUAUCAGUGCUGAAGAUGGCUGGGUAAGCAAAAUGGCCUAUAGAUUAUGCUGUAAGAAAGGGAUAUUACCAUUUAAAUAUCUGGGAAUUCCCAUCGAGGGAAACCAUAAAAGGAUCUCUAUGUGGCAGCCCUUGUUGGACUCUUUUAAAAAGAAGUUGACAAGAUGGAAGGGUCGGCAACUUUCCCUUGGGGUUCGGAUCACGCUCAUUAAUUCUGUGUUGACCAGUUUGCCAGUGUUCUUAAUGUCGGUUUACCUAAUCCCAAAAGGUACUCUCAAAGAUAUUGAUAGAAUUUGGAAGAGUUUCUUAUGGGGAGGGGAAGGAGAAAGGAAAAAAAUUAAUUGGGUCAAUUGGAAGAAGGUAUGCAUGCCGAAAGAUUAUGGUGGGUUGGGAGUGAGAGAUCUAGGGUAUUUUAACUUGUCAUUGAUGGGGAAAUGGUGGGGAAGGUUAGCAAUAAAAGAGGAAGGAUUAUGGAGGAGAGUAAUAGCAAGUAAGUAUAGUGAGGGAGGGGGGCAUUGGAAGGAUUGGGUAAGGAAUGGGGCAGGAGUUAGCUCUUUAUGGUGGAGAGAUGUUAGAGGGAUUAACAAAGUAGAAGGGGAAAAUUCAGGGUGGUUAACAGAGGGUUUUAGAUUAAAGAUAGGAGAAGGGAAGGACGUGAGCUUUGGAAAGGAGAAGGAAUGCUACCAAAUGGGAUCUAUGUGCAAUGGAACUUGGAAAUGGAAUCUUACAUGGAGAAGGAAGCUGCUCGAAAGGGAAGAAGAAGCUGCAACAGAACUCAGCAAGCUAAUUGAAGGAGUGAAGAUAUCUCCUGGCCAGCUUGAUGAAUGGGAGUGGAAACAUAGCAAGGACUCCCAUUAUUCAACCACAUCAGCGUACUCACUCUUGACAAAGGUGCCGAGGUGUUCGAAUCAAGAAAGAGUCUUCAGGAGAGUAUGGAACCCCAUCCUGCCAAACAAGAUCUCUGCUUUCAACUGGCAACUGUUGCUCAAUAGGCUCCCAACCAAAUCCAACUUGCUGAAAAGAGGACUUGGCUCAAUUAUGGGAGAUGGCAAAUGCAACCUGUGUCAAGAAGAGGAAGAAGACGCAACCCACCUAGCAAGAAAAACAGAGCAACCAAACAAAGCAAGAAGCCAAAGAAACAGAGCAAGAAAAACAGAGCGAAACCUAAAACCUACGUUCUUCGAGGAACCCAAGAACCCAGAACUGGGUUCCUCACGAAACCCAGAACUGGGUUCCUCACGAAACCCAGAUCUGGGUUCCUCACGAAACCCAGAUCUGGGUUCCUCACGAAACCCAGAUCUGGGUUCCUCACGAAACCCAGAUCUAGGUUCCGCCACCCAACACUGGGUUGGGUUCCUCGCGGAACUCGUCUGGGUUUCGCGAAGAACCAAGAUGAACAAGCAAAGACCAGAUCUGGGCGACGGUCGCCAGAUCUGGGAAUUCCAGUGUGUAGCCCGGGAACAGGCCGGCUCCAUCGGGCUUGAGCAGCCGGAGAACCCGGCGGCUCAAGCAGCAAAACUCGGAAGCCCAAGGCUUUCGAGCACAAAAAAAGGGGAUGCCGGAGAAAACGAUCAGAAGCCGAAGAACCCAGAUCUGGAGAGGAAGAAGAAGAGGGGAAGAGAGGAGAUAGAGAAAGAAUAAGAAAAGUUAAAAAAAGUCAUGUGGGCCCCAUUAAAAGGGAAAGUUAAAA